CCAAGGUAAGCAAGCUGUUCCAUUCCUCGGUUUUCACUUCUGCAUGACGCGACCAUGCUGCAGGAUGUAUUGAGUGCGCCAAGUCGCUGGCUGCUUGGAAUAGCUGAGCCAUGUGAUUCCUGCCGAUCCUAUUUUGGAGCCCGUUAAGUCUAUGCACGCUCCUCGCGUCGGCUGGAAGAAUAGCAAACAAACGCAGUGUUUAAUCCCAUUGUAUGUCCUACACUAUCGAGAAACAGAUAAGGCGCUUUCAAGUGUGUGCUGCCUCUCCCCUGUGAGCCUACCCUGCAGUCCGACCAAUGGGGCUGGAAAAGCUUCUGAGUUUCGGGAAGCGGUUGCUGAGGGUCAAAGUGGUGGACUGUAACACGGAGGAUUCUCAUCUGUCGCGAUGUUUGAACACUUUAGACCUGGUGGCACUGGGAGUCGGGAGCACAUUGGGGGCCGGCGUCUAUGUGCUAGCCGGUGCUGUUGCACGGGAGGAUUCAGGUCCUGCCAUUGUGCUGUCUUUCCUGAUAGCGGCUUUAGCGUCAGUGUUAGCUGGCUUGUGCUAUGCUGAAUUCGGAGCUCGUGUUCCCAAGACAGGCUCAGCUUAUCUGUACUCUUAUGUGACUGUUGGAGAGCUCUGGGCCUUCAUCACCGGAUGGAACCUCAUCCUCGCUUAUAUCAUCGGUACCUCCAGUGUGGCUCGAGCAUGGAGCGCCACCUUCGAUGAGUUGAUAGGGAAGCGAAUAGAGCACUUCUGCCGAGACUACAUGUCCAUGAACGCACCGGGAAUACUGGCAGAAUACCCGGACAUGUUUGCUGUUGUCAUUAUCAUCAUCCUCACAGGUCUGCUGGCAUUUGGGGUGAAAGAGUCAGCGAUGGUCAACAAAGUUUUUACAGGCGUCAAUAUCCUUGUCUUAUUGUUCAUGGUGAUCUCUGGCUUGGUCAGGGGUUCUCUGAAGAACUGGUACUUGGAUCCUGAUGAAAUCCUACAUGUCAGCAAUAGCAGCAACUCCAGCCUCAACCUGACAGACAUCCUACCAACCAGAGAGGAGUUAGGUGUUGGUGGCUUCAUGCCAUUUGGUUUUGCCGGCGUUCUGUCUGGAGCCGCUACCUGUUUCUAUGCUUUUGUGGGAUUCGACUGCAUAGCAACCACAGGUGAAGAGGUGAAAAACCCCCAGAGAGCCAUACCUAUCGGCAUUGUGUCCUCGCUGCUCAUCUGUUUUGUAGCCUACUUCUGCGUGUCCGCAGCCCUCACCCUCAUGAUGCCAUACUACCUGCUGGACAGCAAAAGCCCCCUUCCCGUUGCCUUUAAGUACGUGGGAUGGGAAGGUGCCAAAUAUGCUGUGGCUGUCGGCUCCCUUUGCGCACUGUCCACAAGUCUGUUGGGUUCCAUGUUCCCCCUGCCUCGCAUCAUCUUUGCCAUGGCUCGUGAUGGCCUGCUCUUCUCCUUCCUGGCCCGCGUCAGUGAGAGGAAAGCCCCCAUAACAUCCACAAUGACUGCCGGGGUCCUAUCUGCUAUCAUGGCAUUUCUGUUUGACCUGAAGGACCUGGUGGACUUGAUGUCCAUAGGGACGCUGCUGGCUUAUACAUUAGUGGCUGCCUGUGUCCUGGUUCUAAGGUAUCAGCCCGAGCAGCCCAGUGCAGUGUAUCAGAUGGCCAAUACCCAGGAGGAGGUGGAGCUAAAUGAUGGCAGUAUGGGCAUCCUACCUGGUGUGGAGGAGAGGUUCAGCUUGAAGACGCUGCUCUUCCCAGACAGCCUUGAGCCCACCUCCCUUUCAGGCUUCACUGUCAAUAUAUGUGCCUCUAUUAUGGGCCUUCUGAUAUUGGUGUUCAGUGCACUGGCAGUCCAGGGAGGCUCCGCUCUGUGGAACAUUGCAGUACUCUGUGUCAUCUUUAUCAUGUGCCUCCUCCUCCUAUUUAUUAUCUGGAGACAGCCAGAGAGCAAGACAAAGCUCUCCUUUAAGGUUCCACUGCUGCCCUUCAUUCCAGUGAUCAGCAUGUUUAUCAACGUUUACCUGAUGAUGCAGCUCGACCGAGGCACUUGGAUACGGUUUGCCAUCUGGAUGGCUUUAGGUUUUGCAAUCUACUUCUGCUACGGCAUCCAUCACAGUGCCGAGGCGACAACGGCCCGCUCAACUCCUGACAUGGAGAUGGACAGCUUCAAGCGCAACCACAGUUCAGAGUCCAUGACACCGGAAAAGGAGGCCUUCCUUCACAAUGGCAUAGAGGUCAGGGACGACGACGAUGACAGAGACUUGUAGGGAAGGGACAACCUGCCCUUGCGUUAGUCGCUCUGUGCCAUUUGGACUGUGUACCUCCCUAACAAGUAACAGUUAACGGGACGUUGAGUGAUCAGACUCCAACACAGGACUUUUGAAACUACGCACAGCUGUGUUGAGUGAGUUGCAUGAGGGUUCAGCUGCGUUUCUCGCCGCUGACAGGAAACUGGCUGAGCAUACAUCAGAUGAUGUCUUUUUUUAAACCUUUCCAUCAACUUUGUAUUGACAUAUUUCGAAACAUGCAGUAACUCACCCAGCCACUGAUGAAAAUAGCGGCCACAGCAUUGCAUUCUCUAAUUGCCAGCUCUUAUAUAAGUGAUGUUGAAAUGCGCUGACUUCUGGCAGGACACUCCCAACACAAAUACCUCAUCUAGUAUGAUGUUAUUACCGUCCUUCUCUUGGCAGAACAAAUGGGGUCAAAUGGCUGCACCUGUUCUGACUAUAGACCCCUUUCAUUUUUCCACCUUUGUGCAGUGUCUGUUCUGUGUGAACUGCAUGCAAUGGGGGUAUAAAGUCUGCAAAUAUACCGAAUUAUCUGAAUACGGGAUGUUACUGUGCGGAAGUGCACAGUAUCCCACUUUGUUGGGUUCUAUAAGUGGAAUGAACAGUAUGAAAAAUGCCAGCUCUACUGUUUCAAUUUUGCAGGAUCUAUGUGUAAAAGAGGAAUAUCGUGUAACCAUGACGAUUUUGGGGAUAUUAUUAGAAAAUAUAUGACGAGUGUUGAGCAUUGCGUGAACAUUCUCACAGUGCUGGCUGCUGUGUCUUUUCGCAUCCGUGGCUUAUAAAAAAAAUAAUUACGUUUUGUUUUUCUCACCCGCUUUAUAUACUUCCUCAGAUUUUAAGGGAAUUUGAUACAAAUUUAAUAUGGCCACCUAUAAUGUUUGUAUGCCUCCAAGUGCCUUCUAUAUUGACAUUAGCCAGAACUAUUUAUGAGUUCUCGUCUUAUUUUUAAGACUAGGUAUUUACUGUGUGGGAUUUAUGGGCAGUCACAGUACAAAAGUCAUGUGACCAUAUAUAGAAUCCAUUAAAAUAUGUACAUAAAAUUUUGUUUAUAUUCCGUCAAGUAAAUUAUUUGUAAAUGUGGGGAAAGGUGUGUUUUUUUGGAAUGUUUUGUGAAUAAUUUGUCUGUGGGUGAUUUGUUUACAGUACAGUCGUCCCCUUGCAAUAUUGCGGGUUGAUUAUUGCUCCUUCUGUGUAUACAGUAGCAUUCAGAAAUGUUUGCUAUUUCGCAGUAGACUAUGGUCUAUUUUUAGCCAAAGCAUAUUGAAAUACAAGUGAUAUGUAGUAUUUUGGUCACUAGGCGGCAGUGGCGGAGCUAGAAAUGUUUCAUUGGGUUCAUACGGGUGGCAAUAAGUCGAUACCCGAGUGGUCUAGAAUUAGAUGGCCGGUGGAGUCACCCCUAGCUCCGCCACUGCGAGGCGGCAGCAAUGACACCAAACAUGGAGAAGUUACAUUACAGUACAUUACCUUAGCAUUGUAUGAAGCCAGCAUGUCCGACAUGAUAGCGAGGGGUGAAAAAUACCUCCUCCCGUCGAAGCUUAGAGUUUUUGGACGUUUUAGAAGAAAUAAAUUCGAGGCUAACUGGUUAGCUUGCUAGCUAGCGGUCGUCUAACUAAGAGUUACAAUGUAGUGUGAAUGUGUCUGUGGGUGUUAUUUCAUGUCUACAUGAUAUCUAUAAUGUUAAAAGUCAUAAACAGCCAUUCUUCGUCCCAAGUACGAAAAUAUUCAAUUUAUUAACAUUGAAGCCUAAAUUGCGGACAUUCAUUUAAAGCGGCGCGUGUGGAACAAGUUAACCGCAAUAAACGACGGACGACUGUAUUGUGUUGCACAGUUAUGCCUGUGUUUAAUAUGCAGUAUAUACUGUAUGUGUGUAUAUAUACAGGAUUGUUCAACUUCACUUAUAUAUAUACUCACUAUGAAUGGUGGCAGUUGUGUAACUGGGACAUAAAAUAAACAUGUAACAUUGUACAGUAAUAAAUUCCAUGAACUGUGCAUGUAUUUUCUUACCGGUUUGAUUCUUUCAGUUCUCCAUUGGGAAAAAUUAAAACACUUUUCCUAAUAUUCAUUCAUUUUCUACCGCUUUUUCCUCACGAGGGUC